AUGGAAGCCUACUCAAUAGAAGUAAAAAACCUUGCCAUGAAUAUCCUUACCUUUAUAGCAAAAGCUUUAAAAUUGGAGGUUGGUGAUACGAGGGUGCUAUUUGAAGAAGGGAUGCAGGGAAUGAGGAUCAAUUACUAUCCUCCAUGUCCUCAACCGGAGUCGGUCAUUGGCCUGACCCCGCACUCGGAUUCCGGCGGCCUCACCAUUCUCCUCCAAGUUAGUGAAAUCGAAGGCCUCCAAAUAAAAAAGGAUGGAAUUUGGAUUCCGGUUGUUCCACUCCCUAAUGCAUUUACAGUCAACAUUGGAGACAUCUUGGAGAUUGUGACAAAUGGAAUUUACCGCAGUAUUGAGCAUCGAGCAGUAGUGAAUUCAAAGAAAGAGAGGCUUUCCGUCGCCGCUUUUCUUAGCCCAAAAUUAGAUGGAGAUCUAGGACCAGCUCCAAGCCUUAUCAAUGAACAAACACCAGCAUUAUUCAAAAGGAUUGGUGUUGCAGAUUUCUUCAGGGGAUAUUAUUCUCGCAAGCUUGAGGGAAAAUCAUAUUUGGAUAUCAUGAGGAUUGAAAAAGAUGGGCAAAAAUAUUAA